UAGAGUUUUGCUGAACUUGCAUUUGACGCGUCGACGCAUUGCGAAAACGAGGAAAACGAAUAGGGAAAAGUUGUGUCCAUUGUGAUGAAAAAUGCUUAAGAAUGUUAAGAAUCUGUGUCGCGUGUGCUCUGGACCCGGAGACUAUGACAUCUGCGCCCCAAUUCCCUUUUACUUGCACGAAAUGGGCCUACGCGAAGCUGUCAGUUGGCCUCACCCCAUUCGAGUCCUUUUGCAGGACGUCCUAAACAUUCCCGUCCUGCCGAACGAUGGACUGCCUCAGAAGAUGUGUUCCGUCUGCAUAUCUUACAUGAAACAUGCUGUCAUCUUCCGGAAUCAGGCUUUGACCUGUCGCCUGGGCAUAAUAAGGGCAUCUCAGGCAGGAGAUUGGUUGUGUGGCCACCACACGAAUCCCUUAAUUGCUCAAACUGUACCCAGAGCAGCUGUGACUGUUGAGGAUAGGAAUGACAAGCGGAAGCCCGCCAAUGCAACGAUCAACAAGUUACUGCCGAAAACAAAGCCACUCAGCGUCUCGAGGGGCUCCAAAGACAUUCCCCGGAUGACGGACAACAUGCAGAAGAGCGAGGGAUACUUUGGCUACCGACAGAAGGCCUUCGUGGAGGAUGACAUCACGCAGAUGAGCAUGUUCGAUGGACAGAACUUCGCUGCGAAUGCGCCUGAGAAGCUGAGCGAGCGCAAGUGUCUCUUCUGCAGGAUGCGCUUCAUGUUUGAGGAGACCUAUGAGGAGCACACGGAUCAAUGUCUGCUGAAGAGGUUCACCGAGUUUAUCAAUCAGUGCAAUCAGGUGCUGCAGCUGAAGGUGGAGGACAAGAUAACGCAUCAUGAGUUCGUGCGGCGAAUGGUUUUCAUGCUGCAAUCGAAUCAGGAUAUCCUGGACAAGCUCAGCGAUGGCCCAGAGCCCCCGAAUGACGGCUCUGAGGAGGAAUCUUCUCUGGCCGAUGACUUCUCGGGCCUCAAGAUCUGCACAAAGCGACUUGAGCAGGCGGUGAAGCAGCUGACAAUGAGCACAGAACAGUCCGUGGGCGAGAGUGAGCUGAAGAAGGUGAUUUGCCCGACUUGCGGCAAAGGAUUGCCGACGAUUUCCCACCUGGACAGCCACAGGUUCACUUGUCGCUGAAAUGUGUUCCAAGAUCUUCAAUUAGUUUAAGGUAAGAACGUGCGAAGUGUUAUAUGUUUUGUGAUCUAUGUGAUAAAUAGAAGUCGAAUGUGUAAAGUUCUGUGAAAAUACCUGCCAAACAAUGUUAGAAUGUGCAGAAAAUUCACAAGUUUUCACGUCAAUCAAUGCCAUGACUUGUGUUUCUGUCAGAUUUUAUUGAAUUGCAAGUGAUCUUCCUACAUUGUAGUUCUUAUAGAAAUGAAGAGAGAGAGAGAGAGACAACGUCUGCAGUUGACACAAGUAUUAUUUUCACCUGAUGACGGCCGAAAGACGCAGAAACCCUUUUAAUUUAAUGCGAAGUGAUACAAUAUUGUGACUUCCGCAGUAAAUUAAUCACAAGUCCAUUUUGUCUAUUUAUUGUCUGAGGAAAUGUGACUCAUUUUCCUUUUUAUCGAGUAAGAUUGACGAAUAUCUGUAAGUGUAAGAUGUAGAGAAGAUACUAAAAAAAAAGUUCCAUGUACUCAAGAUGAAAGACACACACUCUUUGUAACGUAAUAUUUUUGCUGUGAAAUACAAUUUUGUGAUGUA